AUGGCUGAUGAAAAUCAUCGACAAGUUGCACCGCCUUCUAAAUGGUAUCCGCGACCCAUCGAAAAAUGCAGCGCCGAAUUUUACACCGAAAAACAAAAAUUGCUGGUAAACUGGUUUCGGCUGGCCAAAAAUUGCACGGGAAAACGGAUUUUCGAGUUCAGAGUGGAGGUGAAGAAGGUUAUCGGAAAUCGAGAAACCAAAGUAACAAAGUAGGUUGCCACGUGGCAGCAAAUUCCAAAAAAAAAUUCCAGGAAAAAUCGAGUCGAAAAAUUCUGGGAGUUGAUGCGCAAUGGCCAAUUUCCAAUCGAAAAAUUCGUUUUCGAUGAUUUUGAGACUUUGUAUAGUUAUGAGUCACACGAGCCACAAAUGGGCUAUAAAAUGGAAUCAUCUGCUGGAAGUGGAAAAGCUGAAAUUCACGUGCUGGAAAUCACCUAUCUCAACACUUUCGAAUUGCGAUUCUCGCGCGAAAACCCGCAAAUCGAUGACGAAACAGCGAAUCGCUCGCAAAAAUUUCUCAAAUGCCUAUUCACCCAGAAAUUCCGCUAUUCACCGAGCCGCCAAGAAGAUCAGAAUUUCGUCAGGAAUUUUGUGAAUGAUCGGAACUCGAUAAUCCAUGUCUCGACAAUCGAAAUGAAUCCGAAAUUCGAGGUGGCGCCUGGAAUUGGCGCGUGGUUGGGCUUUUAUUUUGCAGUUCGGGAGACUGUGAAAUACGAGCCGGUGUUGAAUUUUGGACGUGAGUUUACUGUUUCAUGUUUUCCAGUAGUUUCGGACCCGCUGAUCACUAUUCCGCUGUCUAAAACUGCAAAAAUCAACUCCUAAUAUAAGUUAUGACGUGGCAAAUUUGGGACUUUGGAGUGUCAGAAUUCAUCUUCAAAGUGAUUUUCAUGAAAAUCUAAUAGCAUAGGGUUGUUCAGGAGGUUCGAUUGAGUACAUAAGAAACUUUUUGGAAAAAUUUUUGUAUGAACCAUCCUGAACAACCCUAUCCUAUUAGAUUUUCAUAAAAAUCACUUUGAAGGUGAAUUCUGACCCUCCAAAGUCCCAAAUUUUCCAACUUUGCCACGUCAUAACUCAUGUUAGGAGUCGAGCUUUGCAGUUUUAGACAGGGGGUCGUGAUCAGCGGGUCCGAAACUGCUAGAAAUUAUAUAUCUUAUUAAAAAUCCCGAUUUUCCAGUGGUCCACAAACUAUUCUACAGUAUUUCCAAAAGCAACCUCCUCGAUUACAUGCUCAUUCUAAUCGACGAAAAAUCUAGAAAUGAUGAUAAAAUCCGGGAGCAAUAUAAAUCAAAAAUCCAAAGAGGUGAAUUAGGAAUGUCUGAAAAUCAGCGAAAACAGGCUAAACGUUUGCUCGAAGGUCUGAAACUCAAGGCUGAAAAUGUUCCCGAUGUUCGUAAAGGAUUUGUAGAGAGACAUGUGACAUUUAUCGAAUUUACCGAUCAAAUUGCAAGAUGUUUUGUGCUCCCAGGAUUUCGCGGAGCUCCGACGAUGGAGCAAUAUUAUGCAGAGCACAGGAUGACUCUCAGAUAUCCCGCUUUCCCUCUGGCUCGCUGUAAAUCGGGAAAACACGAAUUACUCUUGCCCAUUGAGGAAUUAUUCAUCCACGAAACCGGACAGCGCUUCAAAAAUCAUCUAGACUUCAAUAUGCGCACUCAAUUUGUCCGCGGAGCAACUUUGCCACCUCACGAGCAUAAAAAGAGCAUCGAAAAUAUACUGGAAGUGUUUGAUUUUUCCAAUGAGAAGCAUCGGGGAGCCCGCGAUUUUCUAAAGAGUUUCGAUAUCUCGCCAAAACUUCAAAUGAUCGAAUGUGUUGGAAAAGUGCUCAAAGAGCCUGAUUUGGUGAAUCGUGAAAAUCAGAAAAUCGCAUUGACGAAAGAUGAUCGAGGAUUACAGGAGGCAGUGCUGAACAUCGUGCCACGUGGCAAAUUAGCGAUUGCGCUAAUUGUUUUGAGAAAAGAUGAUGAAGUAGAUGCGUGUGUGGAUGUGAGAAGUUUGAAAGAGUUCUAUACUAUUUUGAUGGAUGUUUGUAUUAAGAGAGGAUUGCCGAUUGAGGAAAAUGAGAAAGCGUGGAAUAGGUCGCUUUUUAGACGUAUGUUUUGGGGCGAAGACUCACAUUUUUCGUAAUUUUUUUUUGAUGAGAAAUGACGAUUUUACACACGUGAGAUUAACAUAAGUAGCUCACGUUUUUUUAUUUAGAAGCCUGUAAUCCUGUAAGCUGAAAUUCAUGAUUUUCAAGCUCUAGGACUUGAAAAAUCAGUUUUUUAGGUGCAAAAUAGCUGAAAAUCUUAAAUUUUGGUGAAAAGUAUCUGGAAAUCAUGAAUUUUGGUUCGAAAUGGCUGAAAUUGUGAUUUUUCAGCUGCUGGACUUGAAAAACAAAAUUUUCAGUGGAAAAUAGCUGAAAAUUAUGAUUUUGAGCUCUAAAAUGACUCAAUUUUUCCAAAAUCACUAAGCGUUAACCUAACAGCCUUGUAAGCCUAAAUCGUAUUCCAAAAACCCCCGUUUUCAGGCGAUACAAACGUGGCUUGCUUCAAUGGUCCUAUAAAUUUCCAAACCGCCGUCCAAAAAACAAUUCAUGAAUUCGAUAAACUACCCGACAAAUCCGAAAAACGGUUAUUUUUCCUGAUAUUCCAUAAACAUUCCUAUGGUGCUUAUGGAAGAAUCAAAUAUAUAUUGGAUAGGGAAUUAGGACAGGCAAAUCAAGUAAUCGAUGUUAGCACAGUUAGAAAAGCACUUUUGGAAGCGAGUGAUUCGAAAACGAUUUUUUAUAAUAUUGCACUGCAAAUCAAUGCGAAAUUAGGAGGAGUCAAUCAGGAAAUUGGAUUUAGUGAGGAUUGUGAAAUGAGUGCGGAAGAAAAAGAAAAACGAGAAAUGGAGCCGUUGAUUAUGUAUGUUGGAAUUGAUGUAACUCAUCCGACUGAGGGAAGUGGCAUUGAUUUUUCGAUUGCUGGAAUUGUUGCGAGUAUGAAUCGGGGAGCGACUAGGUGAGGAAGAACGUGAUAAAUUUGGUAUCAAAAUUCACGGAAUUUUCUCAAAUUUCACCUGAAAAUCACACCUCGGCCAAGUCGUGGCUGGCCAGAGUACAAAUUUUCGAAAAAUCGGAAUUUCAGUUUUUAGAGGUCAAAAAUUGAAAAAUCACAAUUUUUAGAAGACAAAAACUCAAAAAUGCACAAUUUUUGUACUGUAAAAAGUUAGCGUACAAUUUUUUAUUGUGGAAACCACGAUUUUGGCCGAGGUAUGCUGAAAAUCUUCAAUUUGCAGAUACAGCGAAGCAAUCGUAGCUCAAAUGGAAAAGAAUCCGCACCUCCGGAAAGCGGAAAAAGGCCAGCCAAAUCAAAAACAAUCGCGCGAAAUCACUGAUAUCCUCGAGGGAAAAUUCGUGACUCUCUUAGGACGUUUCGCGGAAAAUAAUCGAAAUCGAUUGCCCGACAAAAUUGUGAUUCUGAGAGAUGGUGUAAGUGAUUCGCAAAUGUUGGAAACUGCUCAUUUUGAGCUGAAAUCCAUGCAAAAUGAGGUGAAGAUGUUCAUGAGGAGUCGAGAAAUUUCCGAGAACCAAAAAGAGCCCGAAUACACUUAUAUUGUUGUGCAAAAAAGACACAAGACGAGAUUUUAUCGGGUUUCAGAGAAGGAGAAUACGGGGUAAGUGUUGAAAAAUACGAACUCUGCCAAAAAUCUGUUUCCAGCUUGGUCAAUCCAAAAUCCGGAACCGUUGCUGAUAAAACCGUCGUUUCACCAUACAAAUUCGAUUUUUGGCUAAUUUCUCAACAUGGAGAAUUGGCAACUUCGAGACCUGUACACUAUACUGUACUUUAUGACAAUUCUGGAAUGACUCAGGAUCAGGUUUAUGUAGGUUAUAUGAUUUUUUGGUGCAAAAACCAAUUUUUCGUCCAAAAAUCAAUAAUUCCUUUCAGAAAAUGUGCUACGAACUGUCAUUUCUAUCGGCGAGAUGUCGAAAACCGAUCUCAAUUCCGACUCCAAUUCACUACGCACAUUUGGCUUGCGAAAAAGCCAAGGAAAUUCACAAGGCUUCGAAAAAAGGCUAUGCGAGACCGGAAACCGAACGAAAAUCGAUUGAGGACGUUUUGCAGCCGAAUAGGUGUUAUCCUGGAAUGUCGUUUGUAUAA